AUGGCCCGCACGGCUCCCCCGACAGUGCCGCCGCCCCCGGGGCCGCCCGCCCGCGGCUCCCUCAGCCUCCAUCGCGCCUACCUGCGGAGCCCGCUGGGCCUGCUACGCCUGGGGCAGCUGGCGCUGGGCGCUGCCUUCUGGGUGACGGUAGCGGCUCAUAAGUACGAAGGGGCGGCCCACUUCGCUCUCUUUGCCGCUGUCUUGGUCUGGCUCCUCACCCUGGCGCUCUUCGGGCUGAGCCUGCUGGGGCGCUGGRAGCUGGUGCCCUGGUUGGGCUCCCGCUGGCUCCUCACCAACCUGGUGCACGACCUGGCACUGGGUGUGGGGCUCUACGCAGCUGCCACUGGCAUCAUGGGUCACAAGGCCAAGCAGAGAAGCUUUUGCAACCUGCCGGGCUACAGCCAGCACUGCCUCUACAGUGCCUACCUGAGCGCCUCCAUCUGCGGGGGCAUCACUGCCUGCCUGUACCUCUUCUCUGGGCUCUAUUGCCUGUCACGACGUUGCCAGGACCAGCGAGACAUCAUCUGAGAUCCUGUGCUACUUGGCUCCCCUUCUCAGCCGCAGACAGAGCACAGCCCAUUUUUGGGGUGAAAUGACCCUGCUGCCCCAUCCCCUCCUGGCUGACUGCACUGCAAUUCCUCCAGAGACUCCUGCACAGACAGAUGGAUAGACAGAGGCCUUCAUCGAGCACGGCUUCCCCUGCAACGCACCGAGACAGCAUGGACACCCAGCCACUGCACAGGCCCUUCUCCCACCCCUGGACAGACGUAGGCUACUGCAAGUGGAAGGACUCAAAUGGAGAGCCCCUAAGAAGGAUACUAAUCUUUGGGAGCSCCCCUAGGACUCCAGCCAAACUCCCCUGCCCCUGGUCUUGCAGAUGCUGCAUGCUCAGGUGGGUGCUGACCUGUCUCUGGGGUGGAGGGGGACUGGCCUGGGGGAGCUGAGCUGGGGGCAGCAGUGCCCAGUGGAGUUGGAUGUGCAUUAGCCCCUCUGACSUGCUGGCAGUCCCUUUUCACCAUUCCAGCUGUGUGGCGCCUCCACAAUUCCCUAAGGGAGGCUCUGAACUUGGCUUGCGUAGUCUGGGCCCCUCCUUCUGUCUGGUCUGAAAACAUCCUUCAUCUUACUGGAGCCCCACAAGGCUCAUCCCCUCCCUGCCCUGCACACUGUGGGUGUGGAGAAACCCAGGUACUGCACAGCCAGAUCCAGCAUCACCCCAGUCCAGUUUGGGGAUUGAGCAGGGCAGCGAGGCCUCCAUUGCUGCAGAACAAGGGGAAGGGCAAGUGGAGCUGUAACCUGGUCUGUGACCCUGGGCAGGGGGUAAAUUCUUCCAGUCUUGGAGUUUGUACAGUUCUGGGAUGGRGCCAGGUGCCCCUGGGGUUGAGGGGAGCCAGUCAUGGGGUUGUUCUCUCCUGUUAUCCUGCAGAGAGGUUUGUGGCUGCAAGCCACCCAAAGCCACUGAACCAGCUCUGGGGCCAGGCUGCUCCAAAAGGGACAGAAGCGGCCUCACUGAUGGUUCUGGAGACCAGCCUGCAGCCCUGCCUGUCUCUGCCGCACUUGGUUUAUCAUCCUGGAAAAUUCUCAUCUCUGGACUCUGUGGGACUGGGCAGUGCCUGGAGACUGUGGUGAGGUGGAAGGAAAGGGUAAGCAUUGCAGCAUGGCAGUGCAAGGCUGUGCUGGCACGCUGGCCAUGGGGAAGCUGGGGCCAGGCAUUGUGGGAGCACAGCCUGUYUUGGAGAACAGAAGAGGACACUGGCACUGGAGCCAGCCCAGCCCUGGAUCAGCCUCCACAGCCCACCAGGUGCCAAGCCCUGAUGAGGUCAUGUAGGGCUUACUAGAGAAAUGGGCAGCCAGAGGCAGAAUUUUUGGAGCACCAUCACAYUAGGGCUGCCCUGCCACAAGUCUUCCUCACCCUGCCUGGAGGCAGGUCCUUUCUGUUGUUCCUGKUGCAAGGGAGGGUCUGCUGCAGUCUCUGUGUGGACUCAGAUUAGUGAGACUGGUGUCCCCAGCAGCUGGCCACAGGCUCUGGCUGUUGCCUGGGAUUCCCUGGAACUUUUUUUGAGGUGGAGAGUAGCAGCCAUGAUCCCCCUGGGGCCUUGAAGGGGUCUGGGAUUGGUACUGGGUCACCACUUCCAUCGUGAAGUGCUGUCCCAGUGGAUACCCCAUCAUGUUCAGUGGCCCUGCCAACCCCCAGGCCCCUUCCCUGGGUGGAAUGUGCUGUCUUUGCCCUGUGUCAGGGCUGGUCCCUGACACCACCUGCCUCUGCCCACUCUUGUGCAGCCCUUGGCCCAGGCUGUCCAAAAUGCUCUCGGUGCUUCUGCCACCACAAGUGCCUUCCCAGGCUUUCUGCAGCCCUGUCUGUCCCACCAGCUCUAUCCCUCCUACAGCCUCCUUUCAGGUGCCAAUGGAUUCACCUUCCAAAUAAAGCAGCGUUGGCACUCACUGGGUGUCUGGGGCUUUGUGCUGGGGAUGGGUCCUGUUGGGUAUGAGGUCUGAGCUGAGAUCACACUGAGGUCUGUAGCCCUGCAUCCUUGGGCCUCCUGGCUUGGAGCCUCUGGCCAUGGUCACAAAGUCCUGGGGUGUUCUGGGGUCACAAAAAGGCUCCUGUUGCUGAGCCACUGCUCUCUCUGCUAUAGAGGCUUAAGCCUCUACCCUUGGGGACAGGGGCCAUCCCUGGCCCUGCUGCCUCUCCAGAAGCAGGGCACAGCCUGAUGCUCACAUGUGGCUUCCAACACAGCAGAGGGUGGCCAAGUCCCCAAGGCUCUGCGGCUGCAGGGUGCACUGAGGACAGGAUGUAGUUGCAUUCCUAAGGGCUUCCUCACUCCAGGCUGAAAGGGCCCUCUGUCCAGAGGUCAGGGCACUGCUGGGCAGUCAUGUACACACUGACUGGCCCUUGCGGGGGUCAGGGGCCAAUGGAGGGCUGCCAGCAUCUCCCAGGACUGGCUCCAGCUCAGGAAUGCACUCUUGGGACAGAGUCUUGGACCUAGACAUGCAGCUGGAGUGUCACUGGGUCCCCAGCCUUCUGCCCAUGGGACUCACGCCCUGUUCAUCAGAGGCUGCAGGCAGCCGGCAGCAGCACUGAGCCCUCAUUGUCCAAGAGCCAGCAUAGGGUUAUAAUAAGGUUCUAACUUUUGGCAUCAGAUGAAGCCCAGGAUCCCCAGAGCAUCCCUGAGCGCCAUUAUCCCUGCUSUACUGCAAGCACUUGUCGGGACAGCCCAUGGUGCCCAGAGCGGGGGGAGCAGGGCUGCAGGCUGCUAGGCAGGGCAGUGCCAAUGCACCCAGGGCUCGACUGCUUUGGGGGCGUGGAGGRCCAGCGACUGAGCUGCCAGCCACGCUCACAGGGCUGUGGGGAACUUGCUGCUCCCUUUUAGGGACUCCGGGUGUGGGGCUGCCCUCUGCUCUCUCGGAGAGAGGUGGCACAGCAACGGGCUCAUGGGGACAAACCGACUGUGCCACAAAGCUGCAUGGUUGCAGGCCAUGCCGAGACCCAGACUGGGACUGAGCCCUGAACCAGGAUUAGACCCGGAUCAGCGUCAAGCCCUGGACUGGGAGCGGAACCAGGCUGUGACCGAACCCUACACCAGAGCAGACCCGAAUCGGGACCGGGCCGGGACGCUGAACAACCCCGAGCCACCUGUCUAGACCGGGCCCACCAAGACUCGGCCUCGAGCCUGACGCCCAGAGCGGCCGCAGGACCCAGCCGGGAGCCUGGCACCGACGGCGGGCGGAGCCGGGCAGCCCGGGAACGGCGCGGCGGCACCGAGAGCGGCCC